AUGGUCAAAAAGGGCAAGGGAAAGUCUAGUGGCGGUAUAGAUCUUUCUGAUCCCAUGCCGUCUGCGCCGCCUAAAGACCAAGGAAAAGGAAAAAAGGGCCAAAAAGGUGGCAGUUCUACUCCUGAAGCAGCUCUUUCGGGCCCCCCAAAACCUACGGUCAAGCAGCUCAUCGGCGGCUCUUCAUGGACAGGAAAGCUGCCAGUAAACCUACUCAGCGAGUACUGCCAGAAACAGAAAUGGGAAAGGCCCGAUUAUGAUACCAAGAAGACCCCCGAUGGUUUCUCUGUAUGGGUUACUAUGAGCGCCAAGGAUCCUAAAACCCAGCAGAUCACCAAACUAGAACCCUUCAAAAUUCCAGCAACUCAUAAGCAUCUGAUUAUGCGCCCUACAGCAAUAGAAGCCAAGCAUGCCGCAGCAACAUAUGCCCUCUUCAGAGUGUGUAGCAUGCAGAAUAAACACAUGGUUCUCCCACCAGAGCACAAGUCAUUAUGGAAAGACUUUCAGGCCCUCAAAACCCAAGAUAUGAAAGAAGGCAAGGCCUGGAUGUAUGAACCGGACCCGUUUAAAGCACUUCAAGAGCGUCAAGAGGCAAAGGCUACCGCAGAAAAGAAGAGGAGAGAAAUUGAGGCCGCUAAGGCCAAGGCCGCUGCCAUGCCUGGUGCUUCUGGACUGGUCCUUAUGAGUAAUGCCGGUAAAGGAGAUAGUCGGUCAUCCAACAUCAUGAAGGGAUGGAGUACUGCACCCAAGGUUGAGAUGGGGAAGAAGACAAGAGCACAGUUAGAGACGUUGCUGCGAAGCGGCGUCAAGUGGAAUCCAAAUGGUGUCCAGAUGUCGAAGCCUCAAAAAGACGCUAUUAUUUCUGAACUCAGCAAGCUCAGCUUCCGUAAAAGCCAUGUUGAAGAGGCAGUCGAAUAUUGCAAAGAUCGAGAAGAGACACUGGAGUGGCUUCUCAUCCACGUCCCUGAAGAUGAUCUUCCUCGUUGGGCCUUGCCAGAGAGCUAUGCGGCUGGAGUGUCGGUCGGAGCUACGAAUCUGAGAAGAGAGGGCAUCAUCAAACGACUAGCUCAAGCAGGUUACUCACUUGAGCUGGCUACAAGGGUGCUGGACGAGCAAGGGGUUGAUGAGGACAAAGCCGCAGAGACCUUACAAAAUUUGCUCUUUCCCCGAGAAUCUCAGGAUUCCGCUGAUGCUGACUUUUUGGAUUUGGGCUCACCUGAGGAACAGUGGGAAGAGGAAGUCGGGAGUCUUGAAGCGAUAUAUGGGGAGGGUUUCGAGCGUGAAGGCGAUAACGUCAUUCGAAUCAAGCUCGAUUCUGUCAAGAAUGGGCAACAGACCGUCGAUGCCUCUUUUCAGGUUCGACGUCCAGCUAACUAUCCUGCCAACCUGAUUCUAUCGAUUGUGGCAAACAUUCCUUCUUAUAUCAAGCUGAGCAUCAUUCGAAAAGCACUCGAGUAUAUCGAUGAGUCUUUGCGAGAUGAGCCAAUGAAGAUCUACCUGGCUAUGGACUGGGUCCAGCAGAACAUCAACGGCAUCAUUGAAGAGCCUGGAAAGCUGGUGGAUAUUUCGGCUGUCUCCUCAGCCGCAGCCGAGUACAAACCUGUUGCGGCUAUUGCACAAAACAAACGAAGUACACGCGCCCCAAAAAGGAUCAAAUGGAUCAAGGAUGAGAAAAGCCGGGAGCAAUGGCUUCGACGGCAAGAGUCAUCAUCUUUGAAGAACAUGGUAUCCAAGCGUCAGGGUCUCCCUGCCUGGCAGAUGCGAGAAGCCAUAAUCGGUACCGUCAGAAGCAAUCAUGUCACUAUCAUCAGCGGAGAAACAGGAUCGGGUAAAUCAACACAGUCUAUGCAAUUUAUCCUGGAUGAUCUGUACGCGCAAGGUCUUGGUGGUUGUGCAAACAUGAUUGUCACCCAGCCACGACGAAUCUCAGCACUUGGCCUUGCGGAUCGUGUAGCAGAAGAAAGAUGUACACGGGUGGGCGAAGAGGUGGGAUAUGCUAUUCGAGGUGAAUCUCGGAGAUCGAAAGAUACAAGGAUAACAUUUGUGACGACGGGUGUUCUACUCAGGCGAUUACAAACCUCAGGGGGGCGAGUAGAAGAUGUCGCGGCGUCUUUGGCGGAUGUCAGUCACGUUGUGAUCGAUGAAGUACACGAGCGUAGUCUCGAUACUGACUUCCUCCUCAACCUUAUCCGCGAUGUCAUGAAGGUCAAGAAGGAUAUGCUCAAGCUAAUUCUGAUGUCUGCGACACUUGAUGCCGCAACUUUUGAGAGAUAUUUUGCCUCGGAGGGACUCAGCGUGGGCACAGUCGAAAUUGCAGGCCGAACAUUCCCUGUAGACGAGUACUAUCUGGACGAUGUGAUCCGUAUGACCGCAUAUGGAGUCGAAAGCUCUGAUACAGAGUUCAUCAGCGGAGAGGCUCUGGGCAAAGUCAUUCAAAAGUUGGGACAUCGCAUCAAUUACAACCUGCUGGUAGAGACGGUCAAGGCCGUUGAUUUCGAGCUAUCCUACGAAAAGAAACCUGGUGGCAUUCUGAUUUUCCUCCCUGGAGUUGGUGAGAUCAACCAAGGUUGUCGCGCCCUGAAAGCCGUUAAUUCGCUUCAUGUUUUGCCACUUCAUGCUUCACUUGAGACACGCGAGCAGAAAAGGGUGUUUUCUGGUGCUCCUCCAGGAAAGCGAAAGGUUGUGGUCGCGACCAAUGUCGCAGAGACCUCCAUCACAAUAGACGACAUUGUUGUGGUAAUUGACAGCGGAAAGGUCAAGGAGACCAGCUUCGAUGUGCAAAACAACAUGCGCAAGCUCGAGGAAACGUGGGCAUCACGCGCCGCCUGUAAGCAACGACGUGGUCGAGCUGGCCGAGUUCAAGAGGGCAGAUGCUACAAACUCUUUACGCAAAAUCUCGAACAGCAAAUGCCCGAACGACCUGAGCCAGAGAUUCGCCGUGUUCCGCUAGAACAGCUGUGUCUCUCAGUUCGUGCUAUGGGAAUGAAGGAUGUUGCUGGGUUCCUUGGCAGGUCUCCAACACCUCCUGACGCGACUGCCAUUGAUGGAGCUAUGAAGCUCCUGGGACGCAUGGGAGCACUCGAUGGUGACGAGCUUACAGCCAUGGGUCAGCAGCUUGCUAUGCUCCCGGCUGACCUUCGGUGCGGCAAGCUGAUGGUGUUUGGUGCCAUCUUUGGUUGUCUAGAUGAUUGCGUGACCAUUGCAGCGAUUCUGAGCACAAGAAGUCCCUUUGUUUCUCCACAAGAGAAGAGAGACGAGGCGAAGGAAGCUCGUAUGAAGUUCUACAGAGGUGACGGGGAUCUCUUAACUGAUCUUCAGGCCUUUCAGGAGUGGGAUUUCAUGAUGCAGGACCACAUACCCCAUUGUCAGAUACGAUCAUGGUGUGAAGAGAACUUUCUCAAUUUCCAGACCUUGUCGGACAUCUCCAAUACGCGCGCACAGUACUACACGUCCCUGGGAGAGAUCGGUAUCGUGGCACCCUCAGAAGCGACAAUCGAGGGUCAUGCACAUGGAGCUAGCUCUGAUGGAUCCCAGCUCCUGAGAGCGCUGGUUGCUGCAGCUUUCACACCGCAGAUCGCUCGCAUCCAGUAUCCCGACAAGAAGUUUGCAAGUUCGAUGUCUGGUGCCGUGGAGUUAGACCCUGAGGCAAGGUCGAUCAAGUACUUUAACCAAGAGAAUGGACGCGUGUUUGUUCACCCAAGCAGUACGUUAUUUGGAAGCCAGGGUUUCUCGGGGAAUGCUGCGUAUAUGGCUUAUUUCAGUCUGAUCUCAACCAGCAAGAUUUUCAUUCGGGACCUGACACCCUUCAAUGCAUACACACUCCUACUAUUCUCGGGACCUAUCGAACUCGACACUCUUGGUCGAGGUCUACUUGUUGACGGCUGGCUCAGACUUAGAGGAUGGGCGCGUAUCGGUGUUUUGCUGGCUAGACUUAGAGGAAUGGUUGAUGAGCUGAUUGCAAAGAAGGUUGAAAGCCCAGAGAUGAACGUGAAAGACGACGAGGUCAUCAUGCUGGUUAGGAAGAUGAUCGAGCUCGAUGGUAUGGAUGCUUGA